GUAACAGCGUGCUCUAGUAAACAAAGCACGCCAGUCCACUGGAAACGCUGAAGUCCCAUCAUCAUGUUAGGCUUACCGUCGGCGGUCACCGUGCGCUCACUGUGGUCUAUCUGCUGAAGUUUAUAAUGGGCGGACUGGUGCCCACUGUGUUACUGUGUGCUGCAGAGUGACUUGCGCAGGUGGACUAGUCAGACAGGUUUGAGACCGGACGCCUUUUGGUUGGUUUACCUUUUUCUCAGGGCGAUGUAGGUGAUUGUAAAGUUGCCAUGAAGAUAGUUACAGUUGUAGCGCUUCUACAACUGUGUCUGCGAGCCACAGCCUCAGUUUCGGGUGAUGACUCCGCCGAAACGGCCGUGACAGCCGCACCUGGGGACGUCGCUCUACUUCCGUGUUACACCGCCGGUAACGUAACACCGAAUUUAACUACAUGGAGGAAAAAUGGACAGGAAGUCAUUACAGGUGGCGUUUCUUCACCUGUCGGGCAGCAGCGCCUCGUAGUGCUGCAAGAUGGGAGUCUGAACAUCCGGGGGGUGACUCCCGGAGACGAGGGCAGCUACCUGUGCAACUCCACGCUGCCAGGCAACAUCACCUUUCGGGCACGUGCGCUGCUUCAAGUAGCCAGUGGUCCAGAAAAUGUAUCUACAUCCAUCAGUCCAGCCUCCACCCUCUCCAACCGGACGCUCACUGUCCAUCAGGGUACGAGCGUCUCCUUUAACUGCUCCGCCUACUCGUACCCGACCCAGGAGCUCACCUGGUCCUUCCGAGGAGCCACGUCCAGCAACCAGUCUCUGGCCUCCUCCUCUAGAUCCUGGCUGGACUUCAGGAUAGACAACAUCCAGCCCAGCAACCAGGGACUUUACACCUGCACGGCCAACAACACCUUCACCCAUCAGGCUGUCAAUAAGGACACAGAGCUGCUGGUUUACUAUGUCCCAGACAGACACCCUGAUUGUAUGUGGGCCCCAGCAGAGGACCCCUCCCACGUCCUGUUCAGCUGCUCCUGGUUUGGAGCGUAUCCCCCCCCUACACUGCACUGGAUGGAAGAGCGGGCCGACCCAGCAGCUCUUGGGAGAGGACCCGUGAAUGUAUCAGAGGUGACGGAGAUCCUGUCGGUGAAGCUGAACCGCUCCCAGCUGUCCGAGGGCCAGACGCUGAGGUGCACGGCGCAGCACCCGGUCCUCGCUCCAGGGAAGGAGAAGGAGUGUUCGCUAACCCUCAAGCUUCCGUUUCCUGAAGGCGAGCCUCUGGUCACAGCCAUGGACGGUACGAGCGUCACCUUGAUCUGCUCCGAGUCCGCAUCCAUCCCACCCGCAAACACCACCUGGAGAAAAGGGCUGCAGCAGGAGGAACUCAACCCCGGAUCCAAGUACAUUGUGUCAGAUGAAGGUUCCGUCCUGAAGCUGACCAUAGUCAACAUCACCAAGGACGAUGAAGGCGUUUACUUCUGCCGCAGCGAGAACCCCCUCGCUGUCACAGAGCUGGAGGUCUACCUCACUGUGAGGACCUCCUCUGCAUAUACAGGCGCUAUCAUUGGGAUCUUUAUAGCCGUACUGAUCAUGGGCUCAGCAGCAAUCAUCGCUAAAACCGUUUUCUCCAGCCGGCACAGAAUAUGUCUGGGAGGUGGCUUCAGGCAAAUGGAGGAGGACAGAGGAGACGUGCUGAGUCUGGUGGAGUCUGACGACGAGCAGAUUUUUCAAGCUGCUGUUCCACGUCUACCUCCAACAACAAAUGGACACCAAACCACACUCGUACAGAUACACCGAAUCCCGUCAAGUGAUCAUGAGGAUGCAGAAACGGCAGACACAAGCCCCCAGCAGCAGGAAGAUGCACACACAGAAGAGCCAGUGGAUCUUGUAACAUUUUAGGUAUCGGGUGAUUAAUUGGAUAUGUGUUUUUAUUUUAGGUAAAUAUUAUUUUCAUCCAAUGACAAUGUGAAAAGAAUUGGUGGCAGACUUGUGUAAAAA